AUGAGGUUGUCAGGCCUCCUCAGCUGCCCAGUAGGGUUCUACGUCACAAUCCUGCUGAUCGGCACAUUGACCACGACAUUUGCAUUUGACCUCUUCCUACAUGACCUUCGGACACUGUUCAGACGCAGUCUUCCCGGGUCUCUGGCGGUCGCUCCCCAAGGCGCAGUAGGCGACUAUCAACCUCCGCCGGGGCCUGUCACAGAUAAUCAUUUGCCGUUGCCAACAUGGCCGGUGGCAGCCACAAUGGGAGCUGCGAGCACGCCUACUUCCGCCCGGGAUGCACCUCAGGGAGCGAUGGAAGCUUCAGCACAAACGAGUAACGUACCGGCGAACGUCCCGCGAAAGAACGUUGCUAUCGUCACUGGAACGGUUACGAGACUUGACGCGGCGAUGGCUGCGACGCAAACAUCGAUGGCGAGCAGGGACGCUGCCAUCUCAUCGACAAGUUUGGUGUUUUUGGUCCUCGCUGCGGUGCUACUCUGA